CUCACCCAGGCUCGGAUAGCUCGGUAUCAGGCUAAGCUUUUAGAGAACCCCGAAUUCACCCUGCAGCCUUGCCCCUCCCUUAACCCAGCCACCCUUUUGCCAGAAAUAGAGGAACAGGAACGCGACUGUUUGGAUAUCAUAGAUGCCCAAUACUCCAGCCGCCCGGACUUAAAGGAUCGACCACUCCCAAAUGUGGAUUAUGAGUGGUACACUGAUGGUAGCAAUACUGUGAUAGAUGGGCAAAGGAGGGCGGGUUAUGCUGUCGUGACCCUCCAUAAUACUGUGGAAGCCGAGGGUUUGCCUGCCAGGACCUCUGCCCAGCUUGCCAAACUAGUAGCCCUGACCCGUGCACUCGAACUGUCAAAAGGAAAACGGGUCAACAUUUUUACCGAUUCAAAAUAUGCUUUUGGAGUGCUACAUGCUCAUGCUGGCCUAUGGAAGCAAAGGGGAAUGCUGACAGUCCAAGGCUCCCCAGUCAAGCAUGAACCCCAAAUUCUCCGGCUCCUAGAAGCUGUACAACUCCCCUCAGAAGUGGCGGUGGUGCACUGUAAAGCCCAUCAAAGGGAAGAUCAAGACGUGGCCAGGGGCAGCGCCUGGGCGGACAGAGAAGCCAAGCAUGUCGUCACCCUGAAACCACCAAAAACUGAGAACGCCCAUAUGCAUGCCCUUAUCCCAUCAGUAGGGGAACUUCUGACCUCUCAGUUUACCAAAGACUUACAGCCUCUCCCAUUGGAUGCUCCUGUCCACUCCUUGCAGCCAGGCGACUCCAUGCUUGUUCGUACCUGGAAAGUCGAGCCUCUUCAAGAGAAAUGGAAGGAACCCCACACUGUCCUGCUGGUUUCCCACAUGGCGGCAAAGGUUGAGGGACACAAAAAUUGGAUCCACCACUCUCGCCUGAAGGCUGUGCCCACUCCUCCAUCAACGGGACGGUGGACCGUUCAGCCCAUCAACACUUCGCCCACUGCCGAUCUUGGACUCAAGUUAUUGUUUAAGAGGCACUAA